GUGUUGUCGGAUUGGCCGAACAUUGCCGGCACUUUUUAGGUAAUGGCCAUGCUUCUUCCAAGGAAAACACUAAAGUUGCUGAAUUACCGCCUAAGAUGCCUCAAUUUAACAGGUGACAGUCACAAGAAACUCCUUCACAACAGUGCCACGGGGGAAGGGCCAUCAGUGGAGGUCAACUUCAGCAAUGGGCGGAACAUGACAUUCAGUUCAGGGCGCCUGGCGCGGUUUGCCAAUGGUAGCUCCGUCUGCCAGAUGGGCGACACGGCUGUCAUGGUGACGGCUGUGGCCAAGGCGAAGCCCACUCCCGGCCAGGGAUUCAUGCCAUUGGUGGUGGACUACCGGCUGAAGAACGCAGCCUCUGGUCGGAUCCCAAUGAACUUCAUGCGCAGGGAAAUGGGACCGUCAGAAAAGGAGAUCCUCUCCGCUCGUCUCAUCGAUCGUUCCUUGCGUCCUCUAUUCUCCAAAGACUACCGAACCGAGACGCAACUGGUGUGCAACAUGUUGGCCAUGGAUGCGGUUCAUAGUCCUGAUGUCCUAGCCAUCAACGCCGCGUCCAUGGCUCUGUCGCUUAGCGACAUUCCGUGGAACGGACCUAUUGGGGCUGUAAGAGUCGGCCUCUGCGAUGGUGAAGUACUGAUAAACCCCACGCGCCGGGAGCUGCAGUCGUCACAACUAGACCUGGUCGUGUCGGCCACCAAACAAAAUCUCGUGGUGAUGCUGGAAGGCAAGGGAAACGUAGUACUGCAGCAGGACUUGCUGAAGGCCAUCAAGCAGGGCACCCGGGAGGCGCAGUUCAUCAUUCACGAGAUCGAGCGCCUCCAGAAAGCAUAUGGCAGGCAAAAGCGGGACUUGGAGGCACCAGCUGCCACAGACCCAGAGCUGGAGCAGGCUGUUAGAAGCAUGUGCGAGAUGCGACUGAGAGAGAUCUUCCAGGAUGCGCAUCACGACAAAAUCUCCCGGGACAACGCCGUUAACGAAGUGAGGUCCAACGUCAUCGACAAGGUGUGGAGUUCCUUCCCGGAUACAGAACCCUCCCAAAUCGGCGAGCUAUUCAACCAGACCUGCCGGGAGAUCUUCCGCGAAUUGAUCUUCGAGCGGGAGCAACGGUGUGACGGAAGGGGCUACGAUCAGUUGCGGAACAUAUCCUGUCAGGUGGACCUAUACAAGCCUCUGCAUGGCUCAGCUCUGUUCCAGCGUGGUCAGACGCAGGUGUUCUGCACAGUGAGCCUCGAUUCCCCCGAGAGUGCCAUGAAGCUGGAUUCACUAGCUGCUUUGGACAGUGGUGGCCUCAAGGCCAAGAACUUUAUGCUCCACUACGAGUUCCCUCCAUAUGCAACCGGUGAAGUGGGUCGAAUUGGUCCUUUGGGUCGCCGGGAACUGGGACAUGGCGCCCUCGCAGAAAGAGGCCUGCUUCCGACCCUGCCGCACGAUUAUCCUUUCACAGUGCGACUCACUUCCGAGGUCUUGGAGUCCAACGGGAGCAGUAGCAUGGCCAGCGUGUGUGGCGGAUCUUUGGCCCUCAUGGAUGCCGGAGUACCUGUGAGUGCUCCGGCAGCGGGUGUGGCCAUCGGUCUGGUCACAAAAUACGAAAACGACGAUACCAAGCACCUGCAGGACUACCGAAUCCUGACAGACAUUCUGGGCAUCGAAGACUACAUGGGCGAUAUGGACAUGAAGGUGGCUGGCACUAGGAAGGGCUUUACAGCCAUUCAGGCCGACCUCAAGAUUCCUGGAAUCCCGCUGAAAGUGGUAAUGGAAUCGCUGCAAAAGGCCACCGAUGCCAAGUCCAAAAUUCUGGACAUCAUGGGCGAAGCCAUCAGAGAGCCGAGAAAGUAUCGUAAGGACAGCUGGCCCGUGAGUGAGACCCUCACUGUGGAACCACACCAGAGAGCGCAAUUGAUCGGUCCGAGUGGACUGCACAUGAAACGCAUCUACCUGGAGACGGGCACCACUCUGACAGCCGCCGACGAAAGCCAAUUCUCCGUGUUUGCCCCUUCACAGGCGGCCAUGGAUGAGGCCAAGGAGAUGAUCGAGGGCUACAUGGUAAAGGAGCGCGUCCCGGACCUAGAGUUCGGUGGAAUAUACACUGCCAAGAUAACGGAGCUACGCGACACGGGAGUGAUGGUCAUCCUCUAUCCCAGCAUGCCGCCAGCGCUGCUACACAACUCACAGCUGGAUCAGCGCAAGAUCGCCCACCCAUCGGCCCUGAAUCUGGAGGUGGGUCAAGAGAUCCAGGUCAAGUACUUCGGUCGCGACCCCGUCUCCGGUUUUAUGCGACUCUCGCGCAAGGUUCUCCAAGGACCUGCCGUAGGCAUCGCCCGCACCCUCAACAAGUCCGCCGAAGAGAGCGGAACGUGAGGGAUGAGGAGUCACGGUUCCAAGACAGUUGUACAGUUGACUUUGUUAGGCAUCCCAGUGGGAAGAGUUGUUCACACACGCAACUUUAUUUUAAGGAAUACAAUUUUUGUGUCAAAAAUAUUAACGUUUAUAAAAUAUAUAGAUGAAGACUCAGA